AUGCACAUAUGCAAACACAACAACUCUGACGAAAAACUCUGCAUCUACAAAGUCUGGUAUCGCCUAAAAUAUAUCGAAGGGCUUGAGUCACGUUUGACUGUGCUUGAACGAUCUCUUGCGGAAGUCUCAGGCAAAGUCUCUCGUAUCGAGUCUCUGAGUGCAAAUGAUAGCCUGCCUCGACAGCAGUCGCCAGAAACUAUACACAUCACCGACCUUCAAGAUGAGGAUGGUACAACAGUCGAAUCACACGAUCCUACCGAUGGUAUUGGGUCGAUUUCUUUCACGAAAGAAGAAGAAUCAGGUUACUUUGGGCCCUCAUCCAACAUAGCUUUUACGCGUCAGAUCGUGCGGUCCACAACGGAAGUUCUGAAGUCCAUUUCCUCCACAGCAAGUCCAGUUUCUCCUAGCGCGGCAGCGCUUCAAAGUCAUGUGCUUCAUGUUUCCCGACCAACAUCCCCCCCUUCAAGAAACUUCGGCACGGAAUCGAAUCUAGUCCCUGCUGGCACUGAACCCUUCGUACUCCCGCCAGAGAAUGAAACCAUGCAGAUGAUAGAAACCUACUUUAGCACGACCGGUGAGCUGUUUCCGUACAUUGACAAGGAGGCCUUUCUGCAGCAAUAUCACGAGCUCGCUUCAUCCAACAUUCGUACGUGCCAGUCACGGCGUCUCUUCGGCAACCGAACGAACGGCUAUCUCGGAUAUUUUCUUUCGGCGAACCAUGACUCUCUGCGAGAAGCAGAUUCGCCAUGGGACGAACUUGGAAUGCAGCUGUUGCUCCUCAUGAGCCAGUAUCUACAGGGUUCUGAACGAUCUAUCGAAACCUGGAACAUACACGGGCUUGCCGUCAAGGCUGCAUAUCAACUCGGCCUCCAUUCUUCAGAUGCGAUGCUGAACCAUUCAGCCGUUGAAGCUGAGAUCCGCAAGAGAACAUGGUUCGGAUGCAUAAUAUUGGAUCGCACCUUGAGUAUGACUAUGGGUCGUCCAACAUCUAUCCCCGAUAGCUUUGUAAAGUUGAGCCUCCCGUGUUCGUUAAGGAGCAUUUGUCCCAGCUCUACUAUCCUUGACCAAAGUGAGAACGACGAUGAUAGUACUGUAUUCUAUACUGCGACAAUAACUCUAUACAAGAUAUUAGGAGAGGUCAUUGAGGUCUUGUAUGAGAAUAACCUGGGCUGUGAGGCCUCCGUGAAUCUGUUCGGUAUCGCUUCGUCACUGCUGCAAUUUGAGCAAAAGUACAUAGGCUGGCAGCAUUCUUUACCUGCCAGUUUCUCGCUGAUCGUACCGGGAGCUCAACUGCUCGAUGGAAGAGGCGAGCUCAACCUAAGGUUCCGGCUCAUUCUUACGCUGCGCUUCUUGAACGUACGCAUCUUGACGCAUCGACCAAUGCUCUCGAAGUAUCUUGAACUUAUCGCCAAUCCACACUCAGAUAUGCAGCAAAUGGCCAUUUUAAAACAGAUUGGGGCAAACAGUAUGCGCAUUUGUAUAAAUUCAGCAGUCGAAGUGAUCAAACUCGUGCGAGAAGUCCUAGCUCCCGAAGAGCCACGUUCCCACCUACUUGGCGCCUGGUGGUUCUCGCUGUACUACACGUUCAAUGCUUCUCUUGUCAUUUAUUCUGCCCUGCUCAUAAUACACCAAAUGCAGGCUCGCCAGCUUUCCCUCGAUCUUGAUGACACCGGCAUAUCGAUGGACUCCCUCAACAAAGCCAUUGAAUGCUUGUCUCUAGUGGACGAAGGGAGCAGGAUGACGGAGAAAUGCGUCCGAUACAUCACUGCGCUUGCGAACACGCUUUCUACAAUCUACGUGCCGGAGAGACCAUUGGAUGUAGACUCCGAUAAUCUCGCAACCAACCCGUCUACAGCAUUCUCCACGCGCCAAGCACCAAUCAAUUUCGCUCCGCACGAGAUACCCGAUUUCUACGAUUCGACCGACUUGCACAUAGGUAUGACCCUAGACGACUUGAUUUACACUUCAGAGUUCAACUUGAUGCCUACAAAUUAG